AUCGCAUCAUUGUAUAAAGAAGACAGCGGCUUUGUUUACUUUAAAGAUGGACGGUGAAAAUAUAUUUCCCACAGCUAUUUUGAGUAUCUAAUUUAACAUUAAUUUCGACCAUGUAAGAGACCAACGGGCAGUAUGGAGGAAUCGUGGGAUUUUGAGUUCGUGUCUCGUAUGGUUGACAGUCUCGUGUCUUUUCUAUCAGAAUUCGUGGACGACUGGCUGGCCAACGACACGAGAGUAGCAGUGUUUAAAAUACUGUUCAGCUGGCUUAUCAUAAGUCUUAUAGCGAUCCACUUUGCGUGGAAAGUGUACGGGAACAUUGUCAACGAUAUGUACUACAGGCAGGGUACUGGAGGACAGAAUGGUGGGACACCUGACACAGCCCCUCACCGAGGAUGGGAGAGUUCAGCUGGUGAUGCAAAACCCCACCGCGAGUGAUUUUCCACCAACUGUAAUAACAGCCCAACCUUCCAUUAUACCUGUGAUAAGUUGUGUCUGUGAUGUGGUACAAUACUCAAGACCAAAAGGCAUGCUGUGAUAUUUAGCUCUGGCUCAUAUUUAAUGUUUUGCAGGCGUGAUUCGAGUGUGUAAAUAUCAUUUGACAACGAAAAGCUGACAGUAAUAUUUGUCAAAAUGAUGGUCCAAAUGUUCAGUCUUUUGGUGUGUGUGUAGAAAUCAGAUCAAAUUUUGGUGAUGUAAGAUAAUUUUAUUGUACAGAUUCAAAACAUCAGGGAUGCCUGUGCAUCCUUUCAGGUGUCCAAUGCAUUACUGCUGUCAUUCAGCAAUAAAAUAAAUAAAUACUAUUUGUA